AAAACUUGGUGUGAAUAUUAUGUUAGUAGAGGCCACCUCGAGUUAUAGGCCUAGACUUUAAAAUCGUACAAUCAAAGAUGGCAACAUGCUCGCGGGAGCAGCUGUAUAAUCGAAAAACAUUUGUUUCUGAAGUAGCACUGUAUCAACUACAACGCGUAAUUAGGCCUGAUUUUACGGACAGGUGGUGCUCCCUGUACAAUAAGCAAAAUGAUUCAUCUGUUUCAAGGGAAACCUCCGAAGAAAUGAUUACAUGAAGCAAAUCAACGGGCUCAACUGGAUUCCGAUCUGAUGGUGACAAGGAACAGUUAGAACGCAGAGGGUGCAAAUUUGCGGGGAACAGACACGCACAUUCUGCAGAGCUAAAUUUCGACGACAUCAAAUCUGAUAAAUCUAUAAAGAAACACGAAUUUUAACGAGUACAAAUGGGCCACUAAAUUGUACGCUCGCCAGAACGUCUAAAACACAGAAAUACGUUUUCAGAACCUGAAAUUAUUUAGCGGUAUUCAUUUGUUCUAACCAGAAUCGCGUUCCAGGUAAUUUAUAUUUGAUAACGCCUAAGAAACAAAGAGCCUUCCUCACAAAGGUUUUUGUGUGUCUCUAACUAAGGAUUAACAUAGACGGUAUCGCCUUGUUCAUGCGGCAACUUCUACUCCCCUGUACCGCGGACAGUCUAGACGAUCCUCAUCAGGGAGAAAUAGUCUAUCUGUUUGCUUCUGGGUUGCGCAUGCGUGUGAAGAGAUAAUGACGCCAUGCGGGACAAGGUUAGGUUCUCUGCGGCACUGCUCUGUAAAAAUUAACUUCCAGGAGUUAACAGAGGCCUGGAGAGGACCCCGUAGCUAACUCACGUAGCUUCAACCCAUUACAGGAAACAGAACUCGCAACUCCUUCAUAGUUAAAGAAAGUGCAAUGGUACAAUUAUUUUGCUCCCAGUACCAUGGUUCGCAUCACUCGCCCACUCACUAUUUGCAGCAGGAAAUUCUUUCAAAAGUCGAUUGUACACUCUGCUCGUCAAAGAAUUGCCCACUUUCUUUGUGGAACUCGACGGUUCAUCGCUGUGUUUACAAAAGCCCGCCGCCGCACUCUAUCCUGAGCCAGCUGAAUCCAGUUCGCUCCAUCGAUUCCUACCGCCCUAAAGCCCAUCUUACCUCGGAAGUUCAACAACCGAAUCUUCCAGCUCUUGUGGUAUUACUUCCUGGUUCCAAAUCGGGACCAGAAGCUUGUGUGUCUCUGAGUGCAGUGUGCUACCACCUGCAUGGACUAGUUUCGCCGGAAUUGAGUCGACGCCUGGAGGUUUAUAACAUUUUAAUUUCCCAAUUUUGCAUUUUCAACUUCGCUAAGUCUCGGUUCCUGGACGAAGGGCUCUGCUGUAUGCACUUCAGGCUCGUCAAAUCGAUCAGGGAUUAAAAUUAGAUUUGCUAUUAGAAUCAAAAACGGCGAGCCCAAUGGAAAAAAAAAGACAAUGGACAGAAGAUGAAAUGAAACUUGCUAUAGAUAAGGUUAGGAAUAAGGAGACGUC